CCAGACCAAGAGCUGAGAGCCCGGCUCAUCAGUUGGAACUAUGUUCCUACCUAAAUAGUUGUCUUGUGGAGUAACGCCCAAGCGGAACGCAAGAUAAUGAAAUAUGGAUCUUGGCCCACUAGAGGUUUCACCGGAAAUCUCCGAAUCAAUAUCGAGGGUUAUUGAUUUGUUAAAAAUAGUGGGAGAUAAUUAAUUAAAGGCCUAAUUAAUUAUUAAACAUGAUAGAUAACCUAGUUUGCAAAAUUUUCUGUAGAUGGCAAACAACAACAACCCUUUCAACCUGCGUUACAUCUUGGAAAACAACAAGUUAUCCGGGACCAACUUUCUUGACUGGGAGAUGAACCUCCGAAUCGUUCUUGACUGUGAGAGGAAACUCUACAUCCUCGAAACGGAUCCUCCCAAGACCCCUGAUGCUGAUGCUCGUGCGUUCGAACUCACUUCCUUCAAGAAGUAUGAGGACGACGCGCGAGAUGUAAAGUCUAUCAUUAUGGGUAGUAUGACCGCGGAGCUCCAAAGGCUCCACGCGUACAUGGAAGUGCGUCCUAUGAUACAAUGCUUAAGAGACCUUUACCAGGAACUUGCAUGAAUGUAGAAAAUUGACGGAGGGAGAGAUACAACUAAAAGUCGGCAAUGGCGCACUCGUAAAUGCAUUAGCCGUCGGAACCUAUAGUUUAUCUCUACCUAGUGGUCUUAUAUUGCAUUUGAAUAAUUGUCUGUUUGUACCUAGUAUAAGCAGAAACAUCAUUUCUGUAUCCUG